AUGAACACUUACAGACGAGCUGGUAAUGGCCGUUUUUAUCAUCCUCAAGUGAAGUUAAUGGUUGUUCAAUGGCUGCUUCAAGGCGCAACAGUCCAGGAUGUCUUUCUACGAAGCGGCUUGAGGAUCUCCAGAGCUUCUUGUGAGAGAUGGUUAUUCAAGUACCAAGCCACUGGCUCUGUCAUCUCACCUCCAGAGGACUACAAAACACUCGGCGGACCCACUCACAUCGAGCCCCAUGAGCGUGAGAUGCUAAAGGACGCCAUCGAGGACGAUCCGACUCUUUUCCAAAGAGAGAUGGUGUGGAAUUUGGAGGAAGACUCAGGAGUUCGAGUGUCACAGCCAACCAUCUCCCGCGAGCUGAGCAAGAAGAUUCACUUGACUCAUAAAGUUUGUCGAACUCGCAAUCCCAACCAAUCUGAAAUGGAUCGGGCGGCGUAUACACAAAUGGUCUCUGGAAUCCCACUUGAUCGAUUGGUUUUCCUGGGUCAGUCUUUCUCUCUACUUGUUUUUCCAAAUUGCUUGCUGAUCUAA